UCUCUGUGUUUCUCUCUUUUUCCCCUCCUCCGCCCUGGAUUGUCCGCUCAUUUUUAUCCACCACAAAUAACAAACUCCGGUGUAUUAAGAGUGACACAACGCUGGAGAAGAGCCUUUAAACUAUGGAGUUUAUUCAGAAGUUGAUGUCGGGUUUCAGACUUGACCUGGGACCUUUAAAAGAGCCGCUGGGAUUUAUUCGCCUUCUGGAGUGGCUCUUCACCAUUUUUGCCUUUGCCACCACUGGAGGAUACGAGGGCUCCCUGACCAUGACGCUCAACUGUCCAGAUAAAUCUGUAAAAGACGUUAUCGCAAAGUUCGCCUAUCCCUUCAGACUUCAGAGUCAGCCGUAUUCAAUCCCGAACUGCAACACGAGCAUCCCAUCUAACAGUACGUUCCUGCAAGGGGAUUACUCGUCCUCUGCCGAGUUCUACGUGUCUGUGGGCGUCUUUGCUUUCCUGUACUGCACCUUCACCCUCGUACUGUACCUGGGCUACCAGCACAUCUACAGAGAAACCACUCGAGGACCCAUCGUUGAUCUGGUCGUGACUGCGAUCUUCGCCUUCCUCUGGCUGGUCUCAUCCUCCGCUUGGGGAAAAGGACUGACCGACGUGAAAUACGCCACCGACCCCGAAAUGCUCCGCAACCACUGCACUCCACCGUGUGUGCCCACGCACGCGCCCUCCAUGGGACGCCUUAACUCUUCUGUGGUCUUCGGCUUCCUCAACCUUAUCCUGUGGGCGGGGAACUGCUGGUUCAUCUUUAAGGAGACUCCGUUCCACAAGCCGAGUCAGCCUUCCUCCGGCAUGGAGCAGGGAGGCAGCUCCUAAUCGGACCGUGCAGACUCCUCCUUCUCCCACUCCCGUCAAGCCAAUCAGAAAUUAGAGUUAAACCGUUGUGGGUUCACAAGGACUCGACCUAAAGUAAAGUUUGAUAAGAAUGGGUCUCGGUUCACGUCUGAUCCGAUCUGAUCCGGCCCGGCUGCCGUUUUCACCGCGCAGAAAACGUUCACUCACUCUGGCUGUUCGGCUUCGGGUUUAAAGCAGGAGAGCGUCCGUCUCUGGUUUUGUUGCCUGGAGCAGGUGUUGUUAUUUACGGCCCAUAAAUUGUUCAUUAUCCAUGUUAAUCGUUUGUCGUUCACUAAAGUUGAGUGCAAAAAAAUAUAUAUUAUUCAUCUACACAGAUAAAAAAAAAAAAAGAGAAAAACGUUAAUAUCUCCCUUUCUGAAUGUGAUCACGAAUACUAAUAUUCUCUCUAAUAAGUUUAGUGUUUUUGUCCUUUAACUUACAACAAUCUUUAACAUAGUUUAUUAUAGAGCAGCUCUUUUUCCUAAGGUGCCAAUAUUUACACACAGCAUUUACCUUUUACAUUUUUUUUGAUCAGGUGUUACAUCGAUUACAGGAGACACACACGAAAACAUUUUACACCUCUGGUAGGAGUGACUCUCAUGUCAUGUCAGUGUGAUUAGUGCCAUGUUCAACUUGAAGCCACCAUCAUACACUAGAUUUUUUAAAAAUGUUUUUUAAUAAUUAAUACAUUUUGAUUGCCUUUUGAAUCUGUUUAGAGACAGAUCUUUUUUUUUUUUUUUUUUUUCAAAAAAUCAGUUUGAAUUCUCAGAUUAAGUCGAGAACGUAAGAGAUUUCUGUUGAUUUGAGUGUUCUUGUCUAUACUACAGGACACAUCAUGUUCAAAAUGAAAGGGUAGGUGAGUGCAAACUUGUGCAUUAUAAGCACUUGUAGUUAGAAUAAGCCAUGUGUGUAGUUUAUAAACACACGCUUCUACGCCACUUUUGGAUUUCUUAUAUAAACCUAUUUCGCUUGUUUUUUUCCACAUUUGAUCAAUUUGCCUAUGAGUUUUUUUUUUUUCUUUAUACACACUGCAGGCUAUUUGAUUUAGAAACACGCACACGCCACUCGUUCACACGUGCGCUCCCUGUUGUGCCUUGAACUUCUGACAUCCCUCAUCUCUUGAUUUUAAACAACACUUUGACGUUUUUUUCUGUACAGAGACAACUCGAACUGACUUCCUUCUCCCCCCCCCCCCAUUCUUUUCAGCUGUAUGCGUGAUUUUUCUAAUUCUGUUGAAGAAGGAGGAACCAUUAAACGCUAAUUUCCUUUUGUAUUUGUUCCUGUUUAUUCAGAUCAGAAACUGACUUUUUUCCCUUUUUUCUGCACGUAAUCCGAAUCUUCUGCGCGGUCUCAGUGCCUUUUAUUUUGUUUUGUUUUUUUUGUACAAUUUCUAUGAAGUAAAGCUUGUAAAAAAAAAAGCUUU